UUUAAAAAUCAACUCAACCACCUCAUCCUUACAUAAUUGGCAUGCCCUCAAAAAAAAAAAACUGUAAAUAUUGGUUGAGAAAACAAAAUAAAUAUAUUUAUUAUUUAGCAAAUAAUAGAUUUAUGAUGCAAUUGACCACGUGUAUUUAACAAGGCUAUUAUUGUCAUUUCAAAAGUCCAAUAAUAGUAUAAGUAACUUGCAAGACAACUCAGAACAUAUUUUUCUUUAUUUUGAUGGUAAUCCUGUAGUUUUGGCACAAUCAAUGGGCUUUUAAUGAUUGAUCAGUUUUAUUAUAACGCACAUGUGGCUCUUCGGAAAAGAAAUAAAGCACUUUGCUGUCUUAUUUCUCACUCCCUCUGUCUCUCUGUCUCUGUCUCUCUCUCUCUCUCCAAACUCAAAGCUGCGUUUUUCUGAAGUGAUAUUUACCAUAGCUGAGGAUUCCUUAGAAUAAGUCAAUAUUAUUGUGGUUGGCAUGAUGUACCUGGACCUUCUGUUGUAUCCUUGAUGCUGCCAUUAAAUCUUGCAGAUAGAGAGACAGAGAUGGGAAAAAUCUGGAUACUCAGGGGCAAAGGCUCAUGGUGAUGUUGAUUUCUCUCCGAUAUGUUUGUAUGCAACAUUUAGCCUAUCAAAGAGAGUCCGAGGCUUCUUAAGUUACUGCAAUUAGAACCAGGAUACAGCAACAAAAUCUUAAAUUCUGACUGUUAGGAACUGUCAUUUCGGUUUCAAAACAAUAUUCUUGCCAGGCUUGAAUCCUUUGAUCUCCUAAGCCCUCUAUAAAGGGACGGAGACACUGUUGAAGUAAAUUAUCCAUCAGUGCAAGCAUCCCUGCAACACACAAGUGCAGUUAUGGCCAGCAGAUUGUACCAUCAAGUAAAGCAGGAAGUUGAGCCCUACUGCUUGCCUCAAUUCCCAACUAUUGAUCGCUCUUUCUGCUAUAGUGACAGCAGCCAAGGAUCCCACUUCUCUGUUAAGAAUUCCUGUGAACUUUAUUGCACUUUGGAGUCAUCUUCUGCAAAUGGAAGUUACACUGUCUACAACUCUUCAUCAACUGUCAGUUUCUCACCCAAUGGAAGCCCAAUGUCACAGCAAGAAUCUCAGUCAUAUCCAUCUGACCUGCAUCACUCUCCUGACAAUACCUAUGGCUCUCCUAUUAGUGGUUCCUGCAUAACUGAUGAUGUAAGUGAUUUGAGGCAUAAGCUGAGAGAGUUGGAAACUGCGAUGUUGGGGCCUGAUUCUGAUAUUAUUGACAGCACAACAUCACCAAAUAUGGGCAGCUGGAGUCUUGUAAUGGAUGCAAUCUCCAGAGGGGACUUGAAGCAGGUCCUUGUGUCCUGUGCAAAAGCAGUAUCAGAUAAUGACCUGAUGAUGGCACAGUGGUUAAUGGAUGAAUUGCGUCGGAUGGUGUCAGUUUCUGGGGAGCCAAUCCAGAGGUUGGGAGCAUACAUGUUGGAAGGGCUUGUGGCACGACUUGCCUCCUCAGGGAGCUCAAUCUACAAAGCUUUGAGAUGCAAAGAACCGGCUAGCGCUGAUCUAUUAUCUUACAUGCACAUUCUUUAUGAGGUUUGUCCCUACUUCAAGUUUGGUUACAUGUCUGCAAAUGGAGCCAUUGCAGAAGCCAUGAAGGAUGAAGAUAGAGUUCAUAUUAUUGAUUUCCAAAUAGGUCAGGGAAGUCAGUGGAUCACUCUCAUUCAAGCAUUUGCAGCUAGGCCUGGCGGGCCACCCCACAUCUGCAUAACAGGCAUCGAUGAUUCCACAUCUGCUUAUGCCCGCGGAGGAGGCCUAAACAUUGUGGGAAAGCGGCUGUCUAAGCUUGCGGAGCAUUUUAAAGUGCCAUUUGAGUUCCAUGCUGCUGCCAUGUCUGGUUGUGAGGUUCAGCAGGAACAUCUUCGAGUUCGACCUGGAGAGGCUCUAGCAGUAAAUUUUGCUUUCAUGCUUCACCACAUGCCUGAUGAGAGUGUCAGCACUGAGAAUCAUCGUGACCGACUGUUGAGGCUGGUUAAGAGCCUGUCUCCAAAGGUUGUAACCCUUGUUGAGCAGGAAUCUAACACGAAUACAGCUCCGUUCUUCCCAAGGUUCCUUGAGACAUUGAUCUAUUACACAGCCAUGUUCGAAUCAAUUGACGUGACUCUCCCACGGGACCGUAAAGAGAGGAUCAAUGUUGAGCAGCACUGCCUGGCAAGGGAUGUUGUUAACAUCAUAGCUUGUGAGGGGCCUGAGAGAGUGGAACGACAUGAGCUCAUGGGAAAGUGGAGGUCAAGGUUCAGAAUGGCAGGGUUCUGUCCUUAUCCUUUAAGUUCCUUGGUUAAUGCCACCAUAAAAACACUGCUUGAGAACUACUGUGAUAAAUAUAGACUUGAAGAGAGAGACGGGGCUUUAUAUCUUGGUUGGAUCGAAUGGGAUUUGGUUGCUUCUUGUGGGCAUGGAGUGAUACAACAUAAUAAUUUUUAUUCUCGUUCAAUCUUCUGGCCAGCUUUUGCUCAGUCAUGUCGUUUCGCUGUUGCACUUCUGUAUGCGGGCUGGAAAGAGAGACGUAUGCACGCGCGCUGGGGUGCGGGCGGCGGCCACCCGGCGCGCCGCGCGCCCGGCGCAUCGCGGGCGGCCGCCGGCGCGCCGCGGCCGCCCCCAGCGGCCGGUAGCCGUGGACACGGCGGCCUGGCCGCGGACCGGCGCGCGCCCGCCGCCCCGCAGCGCCCGGCGCGCCGGCCGCGCCCCGCGGCCCGCUCCGGGCGGCCGCCGCGGCGGGACGCCCACGCGGCGAGGGCCGGCACCCGACGCCGCGGCCGCCCAGAUCAGAGAACCGGCGGGCCGCCGCGCCGCGGCGGCCGCGGCGAGCCCCGGCCCCGGACCGGCCGCCGGGCAGGGCGCCCCGCUGCGCGGUCCGCAAGGCCGCCGCCGUCGGCGCCCGCCGAGCGACCGGCGCGCGCCAAGCGCGGAGCCCCGGCCCGCGGCCAGCCCGCGCGGCCGCCCCCGCCCGCGCGCGCUGGCCGGCCGGCGGCCAGAAGGAGCGGCCUCCGGCCCCCGCCCGCGGCCGCGCGACCGGCCUUCCCGCGCCGGCGCCAGGGCCACCCGGCCCCCAGCCCCGCCCGCGCGCCGCGCCCGCGGCUUGCGCGGCCGCGGCCGCGCCGCGCGGCCCCGCCCGCCCCGGCCGCGGGCGCGCCCGGGCGCGCCCCCGACCCCCCCGGCGCCGGACCAGGGGGGCGCGACGCCGCGCGCCCGGCGCGGCCCGGGCCCGCGGCCGGACGCCGGGGCCCCACGCCCGCACGCCCCCCACGCGCAGGCCGCGCCCGAGGCGGCCGGCCGCCGCCGCGCGCCGACCGAGGGGCCAGCGCAGCCGACGUGGGCGAGCCGGCGCGCGACGGCAGCCACGGGGCCGGCGCGCGCGAGCGCGCACGGGGGCGCGGCGCCGGCCGGCGCCCGGGCCAGCGCCCACGCGCCGCGGGCCCCGCAGCCGCCCCCCCCCGCCCGGCCCGCCGGCCGGCCGCGCGCCCAGCGCGCGGCCGCGCACCGGCCCCCGGCACCGGCCCGCGGGCCCGGCCGCAGAGCGCCGCCGCGCGCCCCCGGGCGGCGCCCGCCCCGCCCGCCGCGGCCCGCGCCCCGAGGGCCGGAGCCCGCCCCGGCGCCCGAGCGCGGCGCGCGCGGCCCCGCCGCCGCAGCGAGCCCCGGCGGCGGGCGCCGCCGCAACUGUAG